GGCUGCGCGCACGGCGCCGCUCCACCAACCCGCGCCCCUGCGAGUCCCCGGCUCCAUCCCUCGCGGGCGCCCGCUCCCCCCACCCCGCCUGUGAUUGACAGGCAAGAUGUCGGUGUGGAGCGAGGCAGGAGCGUCUGCAGCAGCCGUCACCCCCGGAGCCCAGCGGCAGCACCAGCGGCAGCGGCGGCAGCAGCAGAGCGGGGAGGAGACGGCAGCCAGCCGCAGUGGCCGCCGCAGCCGCGCGAGCUCUGCAGACGGCAUCUCGAGAACGCGCUAAAGCGCCCCGCCGCGGACCAUGCCGUGUCACUACCACGGGGAGGGGGGCAAACUCGCGCUUUUUUGACAUAAAAGCAAGCCAGCCAAAAAUACAUAAUUUUGUCCUUCACGGAGCCGGUGUUUAAAGAGCACCAGAGAGGGAGAGAGAGGAGAGAGAGAAGAGACAUUCUAAUGGAGACUGCCUGAUACCCCAAAAUAAAAUAAUAAAUUUUGGCUCUUGUCUCCUCCUCCACUCCCCACCCCCUCAACCCCGUGUGAGAUGUUGGGUUUCUUCUUCAUGAGACAUUGUUGAGAAGUCGCAGUGGUUGGAGAGGCGUAGGGGGGUAGUCUCCCUCUACCUCUACUCCCUCCCCCCUUUUUUCUCUCUGGGAGGAGGAGGAGGAGGGGAAGGGGGGUUGCAGAACAAGCGAUGGAUGAGGAAAACAUGACGAAAACCGAGGAGCAGCAACCUCUGAGUUUGCAAAAAGCCUUACAGCAGUGCGAGUUGGUCCAAAACAUGAUAGACUUGAGCAUCUCCAACCUGGAAGGGCUUAGGACCAAAUGUGCUACCUCCAACGACCUCACACAAAAAGAAAUCCGGACCCUGGAGAGCAAGCUGGUGAAGUACUUCAGCCGGCAGCUGUCCUGCAAAAAGAAAGUGGCCCUGCAGGAACGCAACGCUGAGCUGGAUGGCUUCCCCCAGCUCCGGCACUGGUUCCGGAUCGUCGAUGUGCGCAAGGAAGUCCUGGAGGAAAUCUCCCCGGGGCAGCUGAGCCUGGAGGACCUCCUAGAGAUGACAGACGAGCAGGUGUGCGAGACAGUGGAGAAGUAUGGAGCUAACCAGGAGGAGUGCGCCCGGCUCAAUGCCUCCCUCUCCUGUCUCAGGAAUGUGCACAUGUCAGGAGGCAACCUUUCCAAACAAGACUGGAUCAUCCAGUGGCCCACCACGGAGCCCGGGAAGGAGAACAAUCCUGUGUGUCCUCCAGAACCCACCCCGUGGAUCCGCACCCACCUCUCCCAGAGCCCCAGAGUCCAGUCCAAGUGUGUCCAGCACUACUGUCACACCAGCCCCACACCUGGGGCCCCUGUGUACACCCAUGUGGACAGGCUCACUGUGGACGCCUACCCAGGCUUGUGCCCGCCACCCCCCCUGGAGUCAGGCCACCGUUCCCUGCCCCCAUCACCCCGGCAGCGGCAUGCAGUCCGCACCCCACCGCACACCCCAAAUAUCGUCACCACGGUGACCCCGCCAGGCACGCCACCCACGAGGAGGAAGAACAAGCUGAAGCCCCCCGGAACCCCGCCACCCUCCUCUCGAAAGCUGAUCCACUUGAUCCCAGGGUUCACGGCCCUGCACCGGAGCAAAUCCCACGAGUUCCAGCUGGGUCACCGCGUGGAUGAGGCCCACACGCCCAAAGCCAAGAAGAAGAGCAAACCCUUGAACCUCAAGAUCCACAGCAGUGUGGGCAGCUGUGAGAACAUCCCUUCUCAGCAGCGCUCGCCGCUGCUGUCCGAGCGCUCCCUGCGCUCCUUCUUCGUGGGACAUGCACCUUUCCUGCCCUCCACCCCACCUGUCCACAGCGAGGCCAACUUCUCUGCAAACACACUGUCAGUGCCGCGCUGGUCCCCACAGAUCCCUCGCAGAGACCUCGGCAACUCCAUCAAGCACAGGUUUUCCACCAAGUACUGGAUGUCUCAAACAUGCACAGUGUGUGGGAAAGGGAUGCUUUUUGGCCUCAAGUGUAAAAACUGCAAGUUAAAGUGCCACAACAAAUGCACCAAAGAAGCCCCACCCUGCCAUCUCCUGAUCAUCCACCGAGGAGACCCAGCAAGGUUAGUCCGGACAGAGUCAGUCCCCUGUGACAUCAACAACCCUGUACGGAAGCCACCCCGGUAUUCGGACCUGCACAUCAGCCAGACACUUCCUAAAACCAACAAAAUCAACAAGGACCACAUCCCUGUCCCUUACCAGCCAGACUCCAGCAGCAACCCCUCCUCCACGACAUCCUCCACGCCCUCCUCACCAGCACCCCCGCUCCCACCCAGUGCCACGCCGCCUUCUCCCCUCCACCCUUCUCCCCAGUGCACCAGGCAGCAGAAGAACUUCAACCUGCCAGCAUCCCACUACUACAAAUACAAGCAGCAAUUCAUCUUCCCAGAUGUGGUGCCAGUGCCAGAGACGCCGACCCGGGCGCCCCAGGUCAUCCUGCAUCCGGUGACCUCGAAUCCAAUCUUGGAAGGAAAUCCAUUACUUCAAAUUGAAGUGGAGCCAACCUCGGAGAAUGAAGAGGGCCACGAUGAAGCCGAGGAGUCAGAGGAUGACUUCGAGGAGAUGAAUCUGUCCCUCCUCUCAGCCCGGAGCUUCCCCCGAAAGGCGAGCCAGACCAGUAUCUUCCUUCAGGAGUGGGACAUCCCCUUCGAGCAGCUGGAGAUUGGCGAGCUCAUCGGAAAGGGCCGCUUUGGGCAGGUGUACCACGGCCGCUGGCAUGGGGAGGUGGCCAUCCGGCUGAUUGACAUUGAGAGGGACAACGAGGACCAGCUGAAGGCCUUCAAGCGGGAGGUGAUGGCCUACAGGCAGACACGGCACGAGAAUGUGGUGCUUUUCAUGGGCGCCUGCAUGAGCCCACCCCACCUGGCCAUCAUCACCAGCCUCUGUAAGGGACGGACACUCUACUCUGUAGUGAGGGAUGCCAAGAUUGUGUUGGAUGUCAACAAAACCAGGCAGAUUGCACAAGAAAUUGUGAAGGGCAUGGGCUACCUGCACGCCAAGGGAAUACUUCACAAGGACCUCAAAUCAAAGAAUGUCUUCUAUGACAAUGGCAAAGUAGUCAUCACAGACUUUGGGCUCUUCAGCAUUUCCGGCGUGCUGCAAGCUGGCAGGAGAGAGGACAAACUGCGCAUCCAGAAUGGCUGGCUGUGCCACCUGGCACCAGAAAUCAUCCGCCAGCUGUCCCCCGACACAGAGGAAGACAAGCUUCCCUUCUCCAAGCACUCUGACGUCUUUGCCCUCGGCACAAUCUGGUACGAACUCCAUGCCAGAGAGUGGCCUUUCAAGACCCAACCAGCAGAGGCCAUAAUCUGGCAGAUGGGCACAGGGAUGAAACCCAACCUCAGCCAGAUCGGCAUGGGAAAAGAAAUCUCGGACAUCCUUCUCUUCUGCUGGGCCUUUGAACAAGAAGAGAGGCCCACCUUCACCAAGCUCAUGGACAUGCUGGAGAAACUGCCAAAGCGAAACCGCCGCCUGUCUCACCCCGGACAUUUCUGGAAGUCUGCAGAGCUGUGACCGUGCGACAGUCAGAUGGCGCUCAGCCACCUCAGCUCCGAAUCACCUCUCUUUCCCUGCUCUGCCCCCUGCCAGCUCAGGAGGCCAGAGGCUCACCGUCAGAGUGUCCCGACCCGGCCAGCCUGGGGGCACUGCACACACGCGCGCAGGGGCUGCCCCGCAUGCACCCCAGACUUGCGCCCUUUUUCUCAGGCAGGGUCAGGAACCCCGAGCUAGGACAGAACUGGAUCAGUCAGGAGGACCAGGCAGGAUUGAUGAGUGAGGCCCAGGGGGAACAGCGUAGACCAGAGAAACACAGGCUGAAAGUAGAGCCCCAGGCUCUGCAGAUGAGGGUAGGAGACAUUGUGGGCAGGCUCAUAGGAGCGUCUGUGUGUGCAUGCAUCACCCUGUGGCCAAGGCUCUGUUUUCUUUCCACCUGGAAAAGCGGGGUCCAGACUGCCCCAAGCCAUGGAGUGUUCCUGGCGGCUUUUGUCUCUGUGGGAAGGAAGCAGAGCAAGCACCAGCUCUGUCCAGGCUUCUUGGCCAAGGUCAAGGUGGGGAGGAAGGGUUGGCAAAAGCUCAUUCCUUUGGAAACAUCUGUUUUCAGAGCCUCCAGCCCGAGGCUACAGUGGUUUGUGUCACCUUUGCAUAUAGCUCCAGAAGGCAGGGGAAGAGUUCUGCCUGACUUUUGAGCUCUGAGUCUCAGGGGUAGCAGUUUCUGGGUUCCGCCUUUGCCUGCUGUUCCACAAAAAUGUCAUCCUGUCUCAUCUCACUCCCCCACCCUCCUUUUACAAUGUGGAAGGCACAGUGGCUUCCCAGCCAAAAUGACUUCCGGGGGUUCCCUAUACCGCCGUCAUUCAUGAUACCCCCUGAAGUCUGGGCUCCGAGGCCCAGGGCUCUGGGGAAGGGGUCGCAGAACAUUCCUUCCCCUCUCUCUCUCUGUGCUGACGCCGUGGAGUUGCUCCACCCACAGUGAUGGAUAUGGGAUGUCACGCACUGGGUUCCAGGGUUGUACAUGUGAUGCCCUAUUUUGAAGGACUUUUCCGCCUCUCACCCUUAGUAAGCUCUUUGAGGAGGUGAGGGAGGGCAGGUGUUUGUAGCCCUGCAUUUUCCACGCUAGCCUGGUUCUGAGUCUCCAAGUGGCCUCCCCGUCAGGAGCCUGUGUUCCCUCACCUAUCUGUGCUGGCUCAGUGUUCGUCCUAUCCCUCCUUUUGUUUAUCUGCUGGGCUGGUGGCUUUUUCUAGGGUCCCCCGUGGUUCUGUGUGAAGGAUGCUGUGAACAGAUUGGAUCGUGUGUACAUUUCCCAAAUCCCUGACCCCACUGAUCUAACUCAACGUAAAAGGGAAAUCCAUUCCCAAGCAGAGCAAUUGCAGAGACAGCUGAGCAGCUGGCAGGAUGCCCAGGGCUGGCCCACUGGCCCUCUGGACUUACUGGGUACCACUGGCCUUGGUCAUCUUGUAGCUGCCACCUUAUCCAGGUGUCUCCCUCCCAGAGAGAGGAACUGAGGCUCAAAACCCUAUCUGUGCUGAGGCUCAAAAUUCAACCAGACAUAUCUAGGGGGAUCUUCCCCACCUUGGGUAGCUCAGACUGGUCCAUGCUCUGUGGACCAAGCCAGGAAGAAUGAUGAGAAAAGUCGUGUUUCCUAAGAGCUGGAUCCCAGGGAGACCCCUGUAUUUCCCCAAGGCCUUUCCAAUAAUGAUCCCACCUGUCUGGCACCCAGGGACUCAAAGCCCCAUAUGGGCAGUUCCUAAAUGGACAUUCCUCUGGGACGUCUAGACAUCUCUGUGGCCCCUGGCUCGGUAUUAGUGUAUCUUGGAGGCAUUUCACAUAUAUUUUCAGGGGCCCCCAGAGCUCUGGUGUUGCUGGGGAUAGCUCUUGUAGGCCAUGUCUCCCCAGCAAACAAGCCCCCUGUGGACCAACCCUCCUCUGGGCCUGGACCUUCCUUGGCUCUGCCUGAAGCCUACUGAGUGCCUGAAAUCCAGCUGCUGACUUCUCUCUCAUCCCAUCAGGAUGCCACAGGUCCACAGAUCAGUCUUUGAGAGGAAGCAACAAAGGGAAGAGGUAGCCAGUGUUCAGCUAUUCUGAAGCUGAAUUGCCCACAAGGACUUGAACCUCCUCUCUUUGCCCCACUCGUUUCCACCUUCUGGGCCACACUGGCCAACCCCAGCCUUCGGCAGGGCCCUGCGAGGUCUCCAAAGGGCGACAUUUCCAUGUGUUCAUGAGCACCUCUUUGGGAUUAGGACCAGAAGUGGAUGACCCAGGGGAAAACCCCAUCCUGACCUUCUCUUCUUGGGGCUUCUCUGCUUUGUAGACCAGGGUUCCUUGGACCUGUCCCUGGGUCCCAUGUCACCUCUUCUUGACUUCUUGUACUUUCUUCUCAUUCCAUGCUCUGUCCCCACCUGCCAAGAUCUCUGCUGCAAUCACCUGGGCACAUCUGGGCGUCCGCCUGGACCCCCUCUCCCACCCCAACUGCAUCACCAUAGCCUGUUAGUGGUCCCUUUAAUUUGCACAAUUUUAAGUCCUGGGAAAACAAAACCGCUUCUUUCCCUGCUGGCCUCAGUCUAUGCAUGGGGUGGGGGGAGGGGCAUACAUUCAUCCAUCCUUUGCAAGGAGAAAGAGAAGAGAGGACACUGUAAAUGUUUCCAUCCUAGCUGCCCCUGUCCUGCAGCUCAGUCUAUACAGUCUACCCGGCAAAAAUAUGUGUGUGUGUUCAGUGACACAAGUCACGCACUUGACAGUGAGUUGUUUCUGUCUGUGCCUUGCAUUCCGCAAAUCCUUCUUUAGACAGGCUGCCUGAGAGAGCUGGUCGACAGGGUAAGAUCCACCCGAAGGCCUUGAGCUCUGAGAGAAACAUCUCUUUCCUUCCUAGGACAUGUGUAGAUUUGCACACUGAAUUCCACCCUUUCCUCCAGGCCACAGGUCUUUCCCAAAAUAAAAAACCCUCUUAUGGGACAUUCUCUGGCCUCCCCAUCCCCAGAGCCAAACUGGAAACCAAGUCAACAUUUAGAUGGGGUUUUUUUUUCUGGUUUUCCUCUUACUGAUCAAAGAGGAAAACCAUCUAAUCUUGCUGUCGAGUUCCCUCCUCUUUCUCACCACAGGCACCUUGACCUCUUCCACCAAUGGAAGCCCUUGAUUGGCAUCAGCAGUCAGAUUCCUGAAUCCAGUAAACUUGGUCCUUCCCCACCUCCAACCCAUAAUUAUACACCACACACCCCAAGCACACACGAAUCCAGACUCCCUUCGCAUCUCAAGCACUGUCCCCACCAUCAGAAGCACGUGGAGGAAAUGGCCAAACUUAGCCCCACAUAAUCACUAUCUUGACAAAUCCAGAGCUGAGAUUCACAAAUUGCAUCCUGAGGGCCACAUCCAGCCCACAAAAUUGUUUUUACCUGUACUUAAUUGGGGCGAAAACUCAAGAAGAAGACUAUCUCAUGACAUGGGGAAAUUCUAUGAAAUUCAAAGUUCUUGUCCCUACAUGGAAUUGCGUUGGGACAGACCUGUUUGUUUGCAUAUUCUCAAUGGCUUUGUGUUACAGUGAUGGAGCUGUUUGCAGCAGAGACAAGGCAGCCCAUGAAGCCUAAAAUAUUUGCAAUCUGGGCCUUGACUCUCUUGGCCAGCCUCUGAUAGAGAAGACUUACAGGAGAAUAAAUUCACUUGUAUAUGGCUCCCAGAGGAGGAACAGCAGCAUGAGAGAUGACUGUCUCACAGUCCUAAGGUACAAGGAGCUCCCAGGGAGGUGACAGCUCCCUCCCUGGGACAGAUGUGAGCAGAUGUUGACCACAUGGCAUGUAUGAUAGGCAGGAAUUCAAGCCCCGGCUGCGUGAACUAGCAGGGCUUUAAGACCCCAUUCCUUUGCUCAGGCUGCCAUGACACUGUACCACACACCAAGUGGUUUGAACAACAGAAAUUUCCUUCAUACAGCUCUUGAGGCUGGAAGUUCCAGAUCAAGGUGUCAGGGUUGCUUCCGGGGCAAGCCUCUCUGCUUGGCUUGCAGACAGCCGCCUUCUCAUUGGGGCUUCACGUCCAUGGCAUCUCCUCCUGUAAGGACUCCACCCUUAUACUGACUUAAGGCCCCAUCCCUCUGGCCUAAUUUACCCUCAUUUAACUCUUUGAAGGCUCUCCUCCAAAUACAGUCCCCUUAGGGAUUGAGACAUAUGAACGUGGCACUGAACACAUUUCAGGCCCUUACAACACCGCUUGGGAUUUCUAAUUCUCUGGAGUUUUGUGGGGGUUUUUUUUUUCACCACUGGGGAUUGAACCCCAGGCCUUUGCACUGACUACAUCCCCAGUCCUUUUUAUUAUUUGUUUCUUUUUCUUUUUGAGACAGAGUCUCGACAAGUCACUAAGUUGCCCAGGCUGGGCUCAAACUUGUGAUUCUUCUGCCUCAGCCCCCCGGAGUGCAGGGAUUACAGGUGUGCACCACCAUGCUUGGCCAAGGAACUGAAGUUAAAGAGCCUUUAGGGGCAACACUCCCAUUCUUGACUUGCUUUCCCACACUGGUCUCAACAUUGCAUCCCCAAACACACCCUCCCUGUCCUUGUGCCCUGUCAUCCUUCACCCACCCAUCCCCCAAGGGCUGGUCUUGUUGCAAGCACGCUAUCAACAUGCCCCAGCCUCACUCCCCUCUGUAUCAGCUUCCCACUGCUGCUAUAACAAAUGCACUGCACAUUGCAUUGUGUGGCCAGACAUAACACAAGUCUAUCCUCUCGAGGUUCUGGAGGCCAGAAGUCCAAAAGCAAAGAUGGGCAGAGCCAUGCCUCUUUAACCCCUGGAAGGGCAGCCUCCCUGCCUUCUCCUUCUAGCGGGUGCUGGCAAACAUUAGCACCCCUCAGCUUGCAUGACAUCACCUUAAUCUUGUCUCCAUCCUUGCAUACCACCCUCCUUGUGGUGUCUUUGUCUAUGUCUUUGUGUCUUUGUCUUCAUGUGGCUGUCAUUUUAUAAGGAUGCCAGUCAUGCUGGAUUAAGGGCCCUCUUCCUAACUAAUUGCAUCCACAGUGACCCUGUGGCAAAUCAGGUCACAUUCUGUAGUCCUGAGGGUUAGGGUUUCUUUUUUCUUUUCUUUGAAGGGGUGGCUGGGAGAAGAACCUGCUCUCCAGAGCUUUCUCUUGUACCUUGGUAGGUCACCUUGGGCCCCCCAUGACAGACCCUAGGUCUCCCAGAUCCUAGAUCCCCCAGUAUCCCUGGGACACAAGGCUCAGGCCACUGCUGUUUACUUCUCAAGCCCCUCCCGAAGGACACUUCCCAUCACUGAGUCCCAGCAGCUUCAGAUUUCAGCUCCUUGUGGGAAGGUGGGUGGCCUGUGUGUGGGUGGCUCAUCUGCAGAGGGACAGUCACUUGAGGGCAUGUCAUGGCAUAGCCUAAAGGUGUUGGUGAUGUGUGUCUGAUUUUGUUUAUACUCUCUCUCGGGGGCAGAGGAGUGACCUUGGGGAGUUGGGCUUUUGUUCCUUCCUUCUUGGGCUUUGCCUGGGAAGUUUUCUGGCAGGCUCCUGAGGACAUUCUUCCUGGGCUUCAGUGUCACCUCAUCCAUCCCAGCUGCCUUCACCUGCACCCACUUGUAAGGGAACUGUCCUGCUCUCCAAGGGAACGAGAAGUUAUGAAUAUCAGGCUGGGCCCCAGAAUGUGGAAGCAACCUUGGAACUCUUUCCUCUGGUCAGUGCAUCUGAUUAGUUACUGACUCCUUCUUGAGCCCUGUGAUCCAUACCAAUUCUUAGUUACCUGCUAAAUGGGGACAGGAAGCUGGGGACAGGAGGCUGGUGGAAGACUGAGAUCCUCCUGACCUCCCGACUUGUCUUUGUGCCAGCUCCUAGCACAGUGCCUGGAACAUAGUAGGUGCUCAAUAGAUGUUUCCAGAACGCAGAGAGGGUCAGGUGCUGGGUAAGAGCAUGGGCUGGACGUAGGAGGCCACAGGGCUCUGUUGGCAGGGCUUGGUGGUGUUGAAGUUCCAUCUCUGUUGUGGAUGCCAUGUCUCCUUUUCAAAUGUAUUUGCCAGGAUUAACAAGUGUGACUUGUGUGGUCCCAUGGAUCAGGGGUCUGAGACAUCUGGAAGGCAGAGUAACUUUCCAGCUCUAAUAGUUGCUUUUCACUGAAUGCUUACCAUGUGCUGGGCCUGUGGAACCUCAUGACAGUCCUGGUAGGCAGGUACCUAUGUCCCCAUUUUGAUGGAACAACAGGGCUAGAGACAUAAACCAACCCGCAAAGUUGUAGAGCCAACAUUUUAAAAAUGAGUCUGUAGGCUCUUCCAUUCCUAAGAACUCACCCGUGUUGAAUGCUCCGUGCCACCCACAGGGAUGUCACAGUCCCUGCCUCCAAGACUGAUUCCCAGCUAGUAACCUACAGAGAGAGAGGAGAAACAGGAGAUCAUGGAAGGGAGGGUGCAGGGUGCCCACUUGUGUUCCCAGACUGCCAGGCUGCCAGCAGUCGCCCAGAUUUUCAGGAAAUGCGUGUCUGCCAGCAGCCUCCUCCUCCAAGCAGCCCACACUUUCCACCCCACCCUCUCCCCCUCCUGCACUUGACAUUUAACUGCGGUCCUGGGUUCCCAGGGGACUGACCAAUGAGAGGACUUCCCUCCUGGGUGGGAAGGGUCCUUCCUUUCAGAUCAGUGGGAUCAUUCAGCCCUUUCCUAACACCCAAAAUAUGACGGACUCAUCUUGUGGGCUUGAGAUGAAUGUGUCCCUCCACUGAGGCCUGAGCUGGAGGAAAUGGCUUUGCCUACAGUGUGCCUGGUUUACAUAAGACCUUGUUUACUAUCUAUGCCCCAUAGACUUAUACUUCCAUGGAUGACUAGAUGGCCAUUCUGUUACUGAAAGGACCCUGGGACAAAUAUGCAUAGGAAAUGCUUGGGUAAAACAAGAUGAAACUUGUUUUUUGGCUGCAGGAUUUGUCAGAGCUUUAAAGACACUAUUGUGUGGUUGAAUUUCUAAAAAGCCAAUAAUCCCUUUGUGCAAGCCUUUUCAAGCUGGUUUCUGAAUCCCCAACAAGGACAACCUGUGUGAGUUCAGCUUAAUUUCUUAAUUGGUGCUCAAGAAGCAAGUGUCAGUGUUCUGGCCCACAAAAACAAGCAGUUGAUCACCAGCAUUUAGAGACCACCUGCUUAAAGAGAGUAAAGGUAUCUGGGCCUCAUCCAUCCCUGACUCCCCAGAGGGUAGCGUGUGAGAAAUACCCCAGAGUUGAUCCAAGGUGCACCCUGGAAGAAAGAUGGAGGUGAGAGUCAUUGGCCACAGCUGAUCUUCCAUUCACUACUGGUAGGAAAAGCAGAGUCCCAGGGGAAGGCUAAAGAGGGCAAAUAUAUAACAUUUCUGCUCCUGCUGCCACAGCCUGUGCUCCAAGCAGACAUCACUGAUUGAUCACAGCACACCUUUCCACUGAUCACAGACCCAGCCAUGGGAAAUGAGAGUUGCCACUCAAGAAGGACACAUGUGACCAUCCCUGAACUCAUGCUCCCGUCCCUAUAUAGCAGCAGAGUCUGAGGACCAGACAGGACAGGUAAACUCCUCCCCAGUCAGGUCCUUUCUAAGGGAUAGAGGUUGGUUUAGAACUCAGGCCUCAGAAACUUCCAGAAGCCUAGUCCUUCGGGCUGUUAUUUGUACACAGUCCAUCAGGGCCUCACAGAAGAUUCAGUGAGGGAACUUGGAAAAUGCAGAAAGACUCUAUUCCUAAGACCCUGCAUCUGAUCCUAUUUGGUAAUCUGCCCGCAGCUUGGAGAGAAUCAUUUAUUCUCCAGGAUGGCUUCCCAGAAGGUCUGAAUGUACCUCCAGCCACAUAGCAGCUGGGCUGGGAGCCUGACAUACGUGGCCCCUGAGGAAAGAUGGCGUCGUAGGCACAGCGGGCAGGGCAGGGGCUCUUUUCUUCUGAGGCAGUUUGUGAAAGUUCUGUAGUUCAGCCUGGGCUUCUGGGAAGUCAGGAUAUGCUGCACAGAUUGUUGAGGGAAAGGAAUCUGACUCUUUACUCUUCGUUUUCUUCCCUGUGUGCAAAGUUCAGAAUCCAGUUUUCAUCCACAUAGCUUCUGGGGUCGUAGUGGACCACUGGCUUCACUUUGGAGUUCUCAAAAUACCUCUGACAACCAGCUUAGUGGCCAUGAGGACGACUUGUGCUGUCUUUCCAUUUCCUUCCUCCCUUUGCACACCCCAAACCUCCUGCCUGAUGAAAUCUCCCCCGGACUGCGAGUGAGGAGAAAGUCACACAAUAGUAGAGAUGAAAAAUAGCUGCCAUGUAUUUAGCUUAAAUUAGCUCAAAAGAACAGCCCCCUCCCUCCACAGAGUAGGCAGCAAUUGUUUAUGGCAACGUGCUAUUUGCAUUGUGGCUUCUUAGAUUUGAAAGUCUAAUGAUUAAAUACAAAUCUUAGUUUUUCUUUCUUCUUACAACUUAAAAAAAAAACAAUACCAGCUUGGCUAGUUCUUCUCUUUUAAAAAUACCCUGAACUUCUGUGCUAGAGGGAGGGUUUGAGACACACUGGAGACAGGACACUGGAGAGAAAUUGUGGUCUGCAAUAACCAGAGUAGUGGGCGAUGUACUGGUAUGGGUGGGAGGGAGCUCUGUGUCCUCAUGCGGAUGGCAGUGUCCAAGGUGAGAGUUCUGUGGGUGUAUUUCUCUUGCAGCCAUUCAUUCAUUGGGUGAUUUAGUAAGUACCUACUCUGAAUUCAGUGAUGAGUGAUACAAAGCCUCUGAGGCUCAGAGCCUGAGGCGGGAGAGAGAUAAGAAACAGCCAACCACAAAUGUACACAUUUGCAAUGCACAUAGAUCUACAAAAAGAAAACUCAUAAGAGGACAGUGGGAAAGGGGGUCUGCUGGCCAAGUCUUUGGGAAGAGGUGACAUUUAAAUGAAGAUCUAAAGAAAGAGAACGAGGAAGGGAUGAUGAUUGUAAGCCAGGAUUUCACAACCUCAGCACCGUUGACCCAGGGCCCAGAUAUUUCUCUAUGGCGGGGACUGUCUUGGUCAUUGUAGGAUAUCGAACAGCAACCCUGGCCAUCAUCUUUCCAAUGCUAGUGGCCUCCCCUGUCCCCUGUGUGACAUCCAGACCCAUGUGCAGACAUUGCCUGAGGUCCUUGGGUUGUCUCUUUGGCCACACUACUAGGACUGGAAUCCAGCGAUGUGCCACCUGCAGCUUUGGAGAAAGAGGAAAACUCAAAGAGGGGGCACCUGGAGUGAGGAGGGCACCAAGCUCCAUAGUGUGAGGGCCACAUCAGCCAGGAGAAUGUGGCUACAGCAAGGGCCAAGUCCCCCAGGCAUCACCCCCAACAUGGGCAUCCUAGGAAGGAACUCUUCUUAGUCAACUCAAACCCUAAGACGUGUGCUAGGCAACCAUAGUGCUGCUCUCUGGAGCUCCUCAGGGACGUUUCCCCAGCUUCCCCAGGAAGGAGAGCCCCUAGAUAGUUCAGAGCCUUUCCCACCUUCUUACCAAUUUCCAGUUAGCUAUGGAGAAGAAAUUCAGCCCAGGCCACCAGCACUGCCUCCGGUGGAGAUAAAGCCACAAAAUACACCAUCUGGACCAGAUGUACAGCUCCAUCCUCUCCCACGUGGCUGACCUGGAGGUGGAGGCAGGUGGUGGGUGUGGGUCAUCUCUAAAGGCCCUGCUGUGACACCCCUAGAAUCAGACCCCAGAGGAGUCAGUGGGCCCAAGACUGGGGGUAGGGGGAGCUGGGUAUUGAAAGGGCUGGGCUUGGAAAGUUGCUUUGGGAACUGGGGACAGCCAAGCCCCUUCCAAGAAGGAGGCUGGUCGGCUGGAGCCCUGAUGAGGCCAACCUCUCCCUCCCCUCCCCAGCCUGCCCCAGGUAGGGUACUGGACAAUUAACACUUAUGUGCAUCUUGGACAAUUAAUGCAAUGCAUUGGUCCUCGCAAUCCUAGCCGUUUCCUUCUUUAUUUUUCUACCUGUAUUGCAAAUAAUACCACUAGAAUAAUUUUUUAAAUGGGUACAUAUGAACUUGUGUAAGUUCAAGAAACUGCUAUGUAGCUACAGUGUAGACACCAGGGUACUCCAAUGUACUUGUCCCAGGACCUCCACCCUGGUCCCCUAGCCCCACCCCCAAUCAGCCUCCUGAGGAGAGCUGCGUGGUCCCUGUAAGGCCGGGUAGCACUGGCCGAAUGGGCCCACAGAGAAGGGGACACAGCUAGUGUGGGUGCCUUCGGCUAAGCCCAAGCACAAUCAUGAGGUGCAUGCAUCUCUUUCCCACCUCUCCUUCCUCCUCCCAGCAGUCAUUUCUUGCCAGUUUGGUCACCAGGAAUAAAUCCUCCUAAAGCCCCCAGCCUCAGGGCCCAGACCCUGGGUGCCCCAUCGUAUUUCAGGCCCAGUGUCUCAUCCCACUUCUUCUCAUCCCACUGCUGCCCUUGACCAGCCCCCAACAGCUGGCCCGAGUCCCAAGAGGGAUGCCUGUGGGCCCUGGUCUCUUAGUCCCACCCUAGCUCCUUUCGUUGGCCUGUUGGUGCAUGGAAGAACACUAAGAAAAUCUUCCCCAUGUUCCAAAAGCGAAUGUCCCCAGCCACAAUUACUGCGUCAUCUGCAGAGCCCAGCACCAAGCAACCCCAUCCCUUCCCCAAGACUUAAUUUCAUGGAGUCAAUCAAUACAUGGUGAUUAAGUGCCUCGUGUGGAGCUAGGAAAAUGCAGAAGGAAGGGGUCCCUUGCCUUCAGGGUCCCUGGGCCCAGAGCUCCAGUUAGAGGAGCUUCAGUGGGAUUAUCAAGCCCCUAAGGAGCUCCCAUCCUCCAGAAAAAGGCCCUUGAGGAAGCCUUUUCCGAGGAGGAGACUUCUGAACAUCAUGUGAAAUGUGAGCAGAAUAGAAAUGGAAAGUAGGGAACAAUGUGCCAGGUGGAAGGAACAGCCUAUGUGCAGACUCAAGGACAAGAGCAGCAUUUAUUGACAUUUGCUGUUCCCUGCUUUCCCCAAGCUAGAUGCUGAGCCCUGGAAGUCUCCAUCCCCAAGUGGAAAAUGCCCAGGUCCAGACCUGGAGGCCUUGCCUUCUCUCCCCAGCGUGCUCUGAUGUCUACUCUUAGCCUCUUAGCCUCAGUGCCCUGGGUGGCAGAUGUCCAAGGGAGGGUUGGGACGAUUCCUAGGCCAUCUGAGAUAUUCUCUGCAUCUCUCGGUGGCCCUGCCAGCUGCUCUUUGACACCCACACCUACAUCUGCAUGAUGGAGGCUGUGUGACUGUUUUCUGGUGCCCUGUGUUACUUGUGCUGUCCGGGCACAUCCUUGCUAGAGCGGGUCUGCCACCAGCCCUACUUUCUGAAGCUCUUUCUCCUCUGUCGCUUCCUGUGUCAGCUUGUGACCUGCCUGAGUUCCCUGAGACCCACACAUCUGUCUUGCCACACUGGAAAGACCCCCACCCACCCCACAGUGUCACCAUGGUCCCUUUCCUGGACCCUUUGUGUUUGUCUGUGCUGGGCCACUGGAGGGCUGAGGUCAAGGACAUGCAGGAACACAGAAAUGGUCCCCACACACAAACGGUCUUGCUAGUCUGUUUUAGAAGUGGCUAAAAAAGACCCAGGAGUCAUCGUGAGCCGCUGGCCAAGUCUGCAGUACAGCCUGAGGCAGGGGAGGAUGUAUCAACUCUCAAUGGAAUAGGGGACCUGCUGUUCCUUUAGAUCUGCAUCAGAGCUUGAAGGAUUGGAAACAGAGCCUUCACGGACUCCAGGGCGUGUGUGGUUUCUGUGAAUUAGCCAGGCUUGUUUACCUGUUUGAACUUGACUCAGCUCACAAUUCCCAAGCCUCUCCCUGGUGUGGACAAUGAUCUCACCAACAACUUCUCAGCAUCUGCAGCACCUUUAGCGUAGUCCUUGGAUUCUUUUGGUUUCUGUGCACUUAGUAUACCGCUAACCUUCGAGUUUGCUCAGGACAGUAAAUGAAAAAAUGAAUGUCGGCAGCAUCACACAAUACCAGGCGCACAGUAGGUGCUCAAAAUAAGUGUGGCUUCUCAAUCACCCAACUGAAUCUCUCCUCCACCCCAAAUCCCAUCCUGAAAAACCAGGGGACCAGAAGAGACAGGCGGUGGGUGUUACCCAUUGGCUUAAUGGAGCAUGGGGAGAGAUGCUGGGUCUCAUAAGGACGACCCCACCCCAGCUCAGCAUCUGUAAGGCGAGGCUCUGUCUUAGGGAACUGGGGAGUCCUGGUGACACCACCCCUGCCCUCAACACCCUCACAGAAGCAGGGCUUUUCUCAUGCAGGCUCCAAGGGGAGAACUUGCAGGUUCAGUGGGACAGACAGGGCUGGUGCAGCCAGGUGAGUGCCUUGCUCAGGGCAGGGCCAGGCAGACCUGCGCCCCCACAAGGGUGGUCCCUGUGCCCACCUCCCAUUCCUCUCUCCUGAUCUCCGAUCUUUCGCCAGGGUCCGCUCCACAGACUUAUCGCAUGAUUCAUUUGGUUGAUUACUCUUGAAGUUACCGACCUUAGAAAAUUCCUCAAUUGUAAAAAGGCUUUCUCUCUGUGUAAAUGAUGCUGUUACCUUUUUCUAUACACAAAGUAUAUAUACCUAUAAAUAUUAUACAUAUAUAUUAUAUAUAUAAAGACUGAUUCUUGUACAGACCCAUGAGGACCGAUGGUCCACUUUGUUGUCUCCAUGUCUGUCUGUGCUGACUGUCGCAGAAUGAGCUGAUGUAUGAAACCCAUUCCACAUUUCCCUUCUGGGGCUGCUUCUUUCCUCUUUCUUUUCCCUUUGUAACUCUGUCUCUCUGGGUCUCUGUCUCUCUUUCUCACUCACUUGUUGCCAAUGUCUCGCUGCUGAGAAAGAAUAUUUGAUUCAAUGCCAUCCAGGAAGGGAGAGCCGGAUGGAGGGAGGGAGGGUCCACUGUAUAUAUUUGUACAGACUCAUUUAUAAAGUUUUCUACACUUCUCAAAAAAGUAUUUCUAUCUUGGGCUGUUGGACAGUUUGUGAGCCUCUGAGCCGGCAAGCCUAUUGUUUCUUGUGUUUAGUGCAAUGUUUAGUGAGAAUCCAAUGUCUGAAUUAUUUAUGCCAAUAAAGAAUUUGAGAAUUACUGCAUCACAC